AUGAUCGAACACAUAAUUUGCACAAAAUCCAUCAUCGGUCACUCGGUAUACUCCAUGCACCUUUUCGUCAGCCUCUACGACGUCACUUACGGCGCAUUUCUCAUCUCGAAAGGUGCCGAACCACUUAUUAGUCAUGAUUUUCUCAUGAUGUCAUGUGCAACAUGGUACAAGGGCUCAGUGUAUGGUGCCUUCCGAAGGGAAUUUCUGCAUGAAGCAGUCAUGGGAACAGCUGUCGGUCCCAUUCGUGACCUCAUGCUCAAGCCAAGGAACAUAAUGCAUCCAGACGAAUUCUAUUUCCCCACUCUCGCUUACAACAGCAAACUCCGCCUGCCUGGGGCCUGUGUCAACAGCCCAUCACCCGAAUCGGAAGUGGGCUACAACUACUUGGCCAAGUUUGUCAUUUGGGGAGGCUACAGUAUGACUUGUACUACUAAAUACGUCAGAGGUGUCUGCAUUCUUGGAACGGAUCAUGUGGCGUUGUUGCAGAAUGUACCACACAUAUCUGCCAACAAGUUCCACGCUGACUAUCAACCGGAGGCAUACGAUGAGAUGGAGCAAUGGUAUUUUCGACGCGUCGCAGCGGAAAUAAAGUCAGGCUCGUAUAACAGAAGCUCAUUCGAUCCGACCAUGUAUUCCAAUUUGUCAUGCUCUCAAAACCAUGUUUAG